ACAGCUGGCCGGUGCUUGCUGUUGCCCAGUUAAAACGUUUACAGACUCGCAGUGUUUGGUUUAGUUGUAAAAAUAUAAAUAAUUUUAUAAUUUGGCAAUAUUCAGUACAGCAACGGGACACAAAUAAUCAACGAAAAUGCCACGAAUUAUGAUAAAGGGUGGUGUGUGGCGGAACACCGAGGAUGAAAUCCUUAAAGCCGCUGUUAUGAAAUAUGGCAAAAAUCAGUGGUCACGUAUCGCUUCACUGCUACAUCGAAAAAGUGCCAAACAGUGUAAAGCUCGUUGGUAUGAGUGGCUGGAUCCGAGCAUUAAAAAAACCGAAUGGUCCCGCGAGGAGGAUGAAAAACUGCUACAUUUGGCCAAACUUAUGCCGACACAAUGGCGAACAAUUGCACCUAUAAUAGGGAGAACGGCUGCCCAGUGUUUGGAACGUUAUGAAUAUUUAUUAGAUCAGGCUCAACGCAAGGAGGAUGGUGAAGAAGCUGCAGAUGAUCCGCGUAAACUGAAACCUGGAGAAAUUGAUCCAAAUCCUGAAACUAAACCAGCUAGGCCAGAUCCGAAAGAUAUGGACGAAGAUGAACUGGAAAUGCUGUCGGAAGCUCGUGCUCGUUUGGCCAACACACAAGGUAAGAAGGCCAAACGUAAGGCUCGUGAAAAACAAUUGGAGGAAGCUCGACGUUUAGCCGCUCUACAGAAACGACGUGAACUUCGUGCUGCAGGUAUUGGCAGUGGCAGGCCGAAGCGCAUCAAGGGAAUCGAUUACAAUGCUGAGAUACCAUUCGAAAAGCGCCCAGCUAUAGGCUUCUAUGACACUUCUGAAGAGCAUAUUGACAAAACGGAUCCAGACUUUAAUAAAAUGCGACAACAGGAUUUGGAUGGAGAAUUGCGUUCUGAGAAAGAGGAGCGUGAACGAAAGAAAGACAAACAAAAACUCAAGCAGCGCAAAGAAAAUGAUAUGCCUACAGCUAUGCUUCAAAACAUGGAACCGGAACGCAAACGUUCAAAACUGGUAUUGCCGCAGCCCCAAAUAUCAGAUCAGGAACUACAACAAGUAGUGAAGCUAGGUCGUGCCAGUGAGGUUGCCAAAGAGGUGGCAAAUGAGAGUGGCAUUGAAACCACAGAUGCUCUAUUGGCUGAUUACUCCAUAACGCCACAUGUAGCAGCAACACCAAGAACCCCAGCUCCUUACACAGAUCGCAUUAUGCAAGAAGCACAGAAUAUUAUGGCGCUUACUCAUGUUGAGACCCCGCUUAAAGGUGGCGUGAAUACACCUCUAUAUGAGUCAGAUUUUUCAGGAACGUUGCCAAAGUCAUCUGCUAUUGCAACACCAAAUACUGUAAUAGCAACACCCUUUAGAACACAACGCGGACAAGAAAACGCAACGCCUGGUGGGUUUGCCACACCUAUGUCUUCGGCCCUUGUGCCUGUAGGUAGAACGCCGCGUGGAGGUGAAGGUUCCCAAACGGUUGCCCUUGUACGCGAUAAACUCAGCAUCAAUCCCGAGGAAAACAUCAAUGUUGGCGACACGCCAGCUCUGUAUAAAAACUAUCAAAAGCAGCUCAAGCAUACUCUUCGGGAAGGUCUAGCCACACUACCCGCGCCUCGUAAUGACUACGAAAUAGUUGUACCCGACGAUAACACUGACAAUGGACCCACGGAAAGCAAUGACGAUUUGGCAAUGGUAGAAGAUCAAGCUGAUGUGGAUGCUCGCCUUGUAGCAGAACAAGAGGCAAAGAGAAAACGCGAAUUGGAGAAACGAUCAAAGGUUAUACAACGCUCUUUGCCCAGGCCCACAGAAGUCAAUACCAAAAUUCUUCGCCCUCCCACAGACAAACAAAAUCUAACAGACCUGCAGAAAGCGGAAGAGCUUAUAAAACAUGAAAUGAUCACCAUGUUGUUGUUCGAUUCUACCAAAGAUCCGGUGCCAGGACAAUCACAAGCAAAAAUGGAUCAGCUGCAAAAUUAUUUCAAAGCUAAUCCCUAUGAGGAAAUCUCGAAGAAGGAAUUGGAAGGAGCUAACGAGUUACUCGCAGAAGAAAUGGAUGUGGUCAAAGAGGGAAUGGGCCAUGGUGAUUUGCCAUUGGAUGUCUAUUCACAGGUUUGGGAAGAGUGCUUGGGACAAGUUCUUUAUUUACCUUCACAAAAUCGUUAUACACGCGCUAAUUUGGCCAGCAAAAAAGAUCGUCUGGAGUCGGCUGAAAGGCGUUUAGAGCAAAAUAGACGUCACAUGGCCAAAGAGGCGAAACGUUGUGGUAAAAUCGAAAAGAAACUAAAAAUUCUCACUGGUGGCUAUCAAGCUCGAGCGCAGGCAUUAAUAAAACAAUUGCAAGACACUUAUGAACAAAUCGAACAAAAUACCACGGCUUUGUCUACAUUUAAGUUUCUAGCUGAACAGGAAUCUGUGGCCAUUCCCAGGCGUUUAGAGUCACUUCAGGAAGAUGUACGCCGACAAAUGGAGCGUGAAAAAGAACUACAACAAAAGUAUGCAAAAUUUCAAGAAACAAUUGCUGAGCUGGAGGUCCCCAAUUCACAUUAAAUGUGCCCAACUAAAGUUUAAAUCAUAAAACAAAGAUUUUAAAAAUACAUUCAAAUAAUGAAA